AUGCCGUGUUCACCAAGCAAAACCAGGUUUUGUCCUUGGAACACAGUUUCGACAACCGCCGUGCUCUUGUGGCCUUGCUGUGCUUCGUGGACUUGGAAUUUCACGGCGUUGGAACGGAGCAUGGCCCAUACGAGGAACGAUGCGAAGCAGAUGAAAAGGAUUAGAGAUAUUAUGACGUUUAUAGCGUAUGAAAGGCAGACACAAGGCCCACAACAAGAGGAGCUACAAGCAUCGCAUAGAAGUUCGACUUCGUCGUCAUUGGCCAUUUUGUUCGUGAGAAUGAUGACUGCUCAGAGAAGAAGAGAAGUCGAGAGUCUUGAGAUUUGUUAA